AAAUGCUAUAAACUUAUCACAACAAUAUCUUUUCAAUUUCUGUUCCAAUAUCUAGCUUCAAAUCUGAGCAAUGAAGUCAUUGUUCCUGUUGCUAAUAAUUUACAAUUUACAAAAUGUUGCCUUUUCGGACGAAGCCGCAACAAUUGUAUACAAGUCGUAUCCGAAAAAAGUCCACCCUGUUCGAGAUAACAUUAAAGUAAUUAAUGCAGGGUCGUUUUACAAAAAACAGGACCAAGGCAAAUCAUUCACGAGGUUCCAACCACCGGUACGCCAAUGGCCGGCCAACCAAAAGGUGAUCGACUCUCUCCCAGAGGACAGUAAUUUGUUCCAAUUUGAUUUCAAUGGCGGCCUUAAGAGCAGAGUCAAAAAACUUCCCUAUUUCAAAGAUUUACGGAGGAGUAAAAGGGAUGCCAACGAAUCGAAGUCCGAAGUCACAACAAAAGCGAGCGCUACUCAAAAAACUGAAGUAUUUAAACCCAAAGAAAAUGUACCAAACGUCGUCAAUACCCCAAAAAAUGCGUCUCUCGCUCGUAGGUCGGGGGCAGCAAAGAGCUCCAAGGUUUCAGCCAAAUUCCGGGCAGCAAGACGAGGACAAUCGAAAAAGGCCGCAAGACAGGGCGGUGCAAUAAAACCAUCGCGACUUCUUAGAACUUUUGGAAAGAAAAAUGUGAACCAUAAACGUGGUAUGCGUAAACGCAAGUCCCGGUCUCGCGUCCUAAGAGCCGGCAAUGAUAAAGCACCUAAAGAAAAAGCUGACAGGGACAAAAUCCUCAAAGAGAAGGCCGGAAAUGACAAAGCCCUUAAGGAGAAGGCUGGAAAUGACAAAAAACCCAAGGAAAAAGCUGUCGAUGAUAAAGCGCCGAAGGUAAAAGUUGGGAAUGACAAAGCACCCAAGGAAAAAGUUGUCAAUGACAAAGCGCCUAAGGUAAAAGCUGGAAAUGACAAAGCAUCCAAGGUAAAAGCGGGUAAUGACAAAGAAUCUAAGGAAAAAGCUGCUAAUGAGAAAGUACUUAAAGAAAAAGCUGUCAAUGCUAAGCAAGUUCAAUCCCCGAAAGGAAACGCUGGCAAGCAAGCUAGAAAGGCCGAGGCUAAACGCCGUGCUCCGUCCAAACGUAAUCCCAAAGCGCGUCGGCCGGUAGCGAGUCGGCGACUGAUCUCCGCGCGCGAUGCCAAGCCGGAGGACUACCCUUACAUGGUGUCGAUCCAGAAAGACAACGACCACUGGUGCUCCGGCGCUAUCCUCAACCCGCAGCUCAUUAUAUCCACCGCCAACUGCUUUUGGAAGUCAAAAGCUGUAAGUCGGAUGAAAAUCCGCGCUGGCGCAACAAGCAUCGACACGGGUGGACAGAUAGCGUACAUCGCCGAGGUGCGGAAACACCCCAACUGGAGCAUCCGCAAGAUGCCUGAGAACGACAUCGCGCUGGCGUUACUGGACAGGCAACUCAAGUUCUCAGACGCUGUUCACGGGGUGGAUCUGCCCAACAAAGUGAUGAUACCUCCGUUCAAUGACGUGUGGGUUACCAGCUACGGCGCUGAAAGGCGUGACGGCGUGUUCAGCCGGCUGCGGCUGACGCUGCAGGUGCUGUACAUGCGGAUGUUACCAGAAGCCAAGUGCGCGGAAAUCACUAAACGAUUCGGCGUUCUGCUCCACGACAGCUUCUUCUGUCUUGAGCAGAUUGGACGCCGCGCGCCCUGUACCCGUGACACCGGCGCACCAGCGGUGAGCGACGGCGUCCUCUGGGGCUUGGCGUCCUGGGGCAUUCGGAAAUUAUGCGGUACGCAGCGGUUCCCCGCAAUGUUCUCGUACGUGGCCGAUGAGGGCAACAUGGACUUUAUCGUCAACGCCACCUCAGAGAUGAUGGGCGAGGAGCGCAAGAGCCCGUUCCUGGACCGCCCGCCCAUCCGCCCCCGCACCCGCAUCCUGCUGCCCGGCGAGAAACUACCAGAAAUAACUAUUUAUUAGUUUGGUUUACAUUUUAUGACGGUCGUAUUUUGUUUUGUUUUAUUUGUCUUUUUGUAAGUUUUAAUAAGCUCGUGUUUAUUAAACAAAUUCUUAUGCA